AUAGUAUUAUUGUCGUCGUCAGUGGUUGUUUUUCCCCGGCUGCGAAAGUCCUAUCACGCUGACACGUUACUUUUUUUGUCUUCGAUUUUUAUGAGCCAGAUAUCUGUAAAAACCAGACCUCGAUAUUAAUAAACAGAACACAAUAUACCCUAAAUGUCACUGGAAAUCCACGACCGACAAUCAAUUGCAGUCUUGCCGGUAACACCUCAUCUCCACCCUAUGCUGUCUAUAAAAAUGGGACAUAUUUUGUGGCUUAUAACUCAAACAAGGUUGAAUUGGUUUGUGUAAUUGACAACGCAGCAGGCAGUUGUAGCUUUACUUUACAUAAACAAUUUGGUGCAACACCUUGGAAUUUCUCCCUCAUUAUUACCAAUAGGAGAAUUAGAAGAGAGGUCAAUGCAGAGAACGAUCUAAAUGUUACAGUAACAGUAAUGUUACGAAAUAUAUAUCAAGAAAAACCGUAUUUUAAAGAUGUGAAAGUACUAGGAUUUAYUUCUAGGCAAGAGAGUGUAAUCGUGAAUUUUCAACUCAUCGUCGUGGGAGCUGCAGCUGACUAUCUCCAUCCCCUCAAAAACGCCGUUAUUGAAAAUUCCCCUAAGCUUCGUGGGUUAAUUAUCGACUUAAACAGCAUUCAGAAUGGUUUAUUUAGACCAACAACUCCCCCUACGACGGGAAUUAAAAGUACAACACUGUCGACUAAACCUACAACAUCAUCCUCUACAAACGAUGAGAUUAUGAUUAUAGUUAUCGUUGUUGUGGUCGUGGUCGUUGUGUUACUUAUUUGCAUAAUCGUGGUGAUUGUUUGUUACUGCAAAAAGAAAAGGCAAAAGGACGGGGAAAACUGUGUUGUUGUGGAAGAAGUUGUCGCUGUAACAGCCGACAGGAAUGAGGAGAUUGGGGCAAGGGACAAUGGUGGGUUUUCUCCAUCUGAGUAUGCUCAUCAUGGACCAUCGCAUUUUGAUCCUGCUUAUGAUUCAGUGGAAACGAGGAAGGGUGCAAAAGACAAGAAUGACAAUCAAACACAAUCUGGAGGUGAAAAAGUGGAGCCUACGUAUGCUGCAGUAGAUAAGACCAAGAAAAAUAAAAGGAAGAAACCUGAUGAGGUGACGUACGCAGCCUUAGGAGACUUUCAACCACCAGGUGGUCRUGGUGGCAUUGUCCUUGAACCACUUCCAAAGGGUCAGCAUACCAAAAUGCCUGAAAAGUACGAGGAAACUAUCUACUCGACAAUUAUUGGAACUAAGAAACCGGCUAGUGGCAAUGAGAGGGCUGCUGGUGCUAGUGAUAACAUCCCUUUGUCUGAUAUGCAUGGUCAAGGUACUGAGACAGAGUCAAAGCCUUCAGACCAGACUGCAGACCCAGCAAAGCAAAAUGACCAGAAACCAGCCACCGAUGGAAAAGAAAAGCCACCGGACAAUCAAGGGCAGCCUCCGACCAAAGAGGAUUCUGGUAAGGAGGAAUCAGACUCAGCGGAAAGUUCAGUUACCAAAUUGUGAGUUUUCGUAAAACUCGAAAGUAAUAAGGUUGAUUUGCGGCUCACUCUUCCUCUUCUUUAUGAUUGUCUCAUAAGCAUCUUUUUCGUGUUGCGUUAUCUGGAAUUUCUUCAAACUUGUUUUAAAAGUUUUGUUGUCGAAAUAUUGCUUCAUUAACUAGAUUUCUUGGUUCUUUUUCAACGUUCCUUGCGUUGCUAUUKUCGUUGUUGUUGUUAAUGUUGUUUUAUUUGACACUGUUAAUGUUUAUUUACUGAGAUUCUCUGUCACACGCGACCAACUCGACCUUCAUCACAAAAGAAAUUUGAGUUUUGGUGGUCGCCAUUCAAAAGGUUUUUUUCAUGUCACAGGAUUCCGGCUACGAAUUUCAAGCACUUUACUGCAAAUCUAUCGGUAUUGGCUUAUCUGAUCUUGAACACACACUCAAAUCAUAGUAAAUAGCGAUAGCUUUGCAGUCAAG